UUGCUGCGAAAAAAUUGAAAAAAUUUUCGCGGUCACUAGGUAAAUUUGUGGCGUCUCCUUGUUGUGUUACGAAUUGGUUUUGGACCGGGAGAGAUCGACUCGUAUACUCGUACUCAAUACGAGAGUGUUAUAAAUAAAAAUAAUAAUAAAUUUAGAUUUUAAAUAAAACAUAAAUUAUAGUAAUUUAUGAGGUGAUUUAAAGUACUAACAUUUCAUUCAACUACAACUGAUUCCUGGGAUACUGGAGUUUUAUUGUGAAUUGUUAUGGGGCGGAUUACAUUUUGGUUCCUAUUGGGACUAACGUUAUUCGCCGUCUCUACUCAGGAUGUGUUAGCUAGCUCUGAUGUUGGACCUACUGAAUCCGAAUGCCGUCCUUACAUUGAAAAGGCUAUUAACGAAUUAAAAACAGGUGAUGACAAAGAAACAUUAAUCCCUAGUCCCGAUACGACUUCCGGUGAAGAAGAAACGAACAAAGCUAACGAACAAUAUGGAGAGUCCGGUGAAAUGCAGGGAGAUCAACCUGUUCAUGCUGCUGAUGAAAAGGAAACUGUUGAAAUUGCCGAUGUAGACUCUGUGGAAGAGGCUAAGGCCCCAAUUGAUUUGGAUGGUGAUGGCAUUCCCAAUGAACAGGACAGUGACAUCGACGGCGAUGUCAUACCCAACGAACAAGAUGAAGAUAUGGAUGGUGAUGGCGUCUUGAAUGUCAAUGAUGAAGAUAUUGACGGUGAUGUCAUACCCAAUGUUAAGGACUCUGAUAUGGAUGGUGAUGGUGUGGCAAAUGUACACGACGCCGACUUGGAUGGCGACGGUGUUGCCAAUGUUGUUGAUGCCGAUUUGGAUGGUGAUGGUGUCGAGAAUGUUGUGGAUGCUGAUAUGGAUGGUGAUGGUGUGGCCAAUGUUGUGGAUGGCGACAUCGAUGGAGAUGGUGUACGCAAUGUCAGUGAUAAUGACAUAGACGGUGAUGGCAUUCCAAAUGAUGAAGAUGACGAUAUGGAUGGUGAUGGCAUUCCCAAUGAUCAGGAUGAUGAUAUCGAUGGUGAUGGUAUCCCCAAUACCGAGGAUGAUGAUAUCGAUGGUGAUGGCAUUCCCAAUCAUGAAGAUGAUGAUAUUGAUGGUGAUGGUAUUCCUAACCAUGAAGAUGACGAUAUUGAUGGUGAUGGUAUUCCCAAUCACGAAGAUGAUGAUAUUGAUGGUGAUGGUAUUCCAAACACUGAAGAUGACGAUAUAGAUGGCGAUGGCAUCCCCAAUGAUCAAGACGAUGAUAUUGAUGGUGAUGGAAUUCCUAAUGAUCAGGAUAAUGAUAUCGAUGGUGAUGGUAUCCCUAAUGAUCAGGAUGAUGAUAUCGAUGGUGAUGGUAUCCCUAAUGAUCAGGAUGAUGAUAUCGAUGGUGAUGGUAUUCCUAAUCAUGAGGAUGAUGAUAUUGAUGGAGAUGGUAUCCCCAAUACUGAGGAUAAUGACAUUGAUGGUGAUGGUAUCCCCAAUGACCAGGAUAAUGACAUUGAUGGUGAUGGUAUUCCUAAUGAUCAGGAUAAUGAUAUCGAUGGUGAUGGUAUUCCCAAUGAUCAGGACAAUGAUAUCGAUGGUGAUGGUAUUGCCAAUGAAGAGGACAAGGAUAUCGAUGGUGAUGGCAUUCCCAAUGAAGAAGAUCAUGAUGUCGAUGGUGAUGGCUUGCCCAAUGAGGAGGAACCCAAGAGUUUAGAUGUCGACAAUGAUGGCAUUACCAAUGACGAUGAUCACGACAUUGAUGGUGAUGUGGUCCACAAUGAAUUGGAUGCCGAUAUGGAUGGUGAUGGUAUUCCCAAUACCAGUGACAAAGAUAUUGAUGGUGAUGGCAUUCCCAACCCACGUGAUGAAGAUGCCUACGAACAGGCUGAUGUCCAACCAAGCGCCAGGGCGAAACGUAGCAUUGGUGACCUUGAUAAUGAUGGCAUUCCCGAUGAUGAGGAUGAAGAUCGUGAUGGUGAUGGCAUUCCCAAUAAUAAGGAUGAAGACAUCGAUGGUGAUGGUAUUCCCAAUCAUCAGGAUGAAGAUAUUGAUGGCGAUGGUGUACCAAAUCAUGAGGAUAGUGAUGAUGAUGGUGAUGGUAAACCCGAUGAAGAGGCCAAAACCGAAGAGGAAGAUACUAAGCCAGAAGAUGAAUUAUUAUGGGUUUCCGGAAAACGUGGAGAUCCUAACGACAUUGAUGGCGAUGGCAUUCCAAACAUACACGACGAUGACAUGGAUGGUGAUGGCAUUGCCAAUCAUGAAGACAACGAUAUGGAUGGCGAUGGUAUUCCCGCCGAAGAGGAUACCGACAUAGAUGGUGAUGGGACACCCAAUCACCUGGAUAAUGAUAUUGAUGGCGAUGGCACACCCAAUCACUUGGAUGAGGAUAUUGAUGGUGAUGGCACACCAAAUCAUUUGGAUGAAGAUAUCGAUGGAGAUGGUGUGUCAAAUGAAAAAGACAACGAUGUUGAUGGCGAUGGUGUGGCCAAUGAUGAAGAUGACGAUAUUGAUGGUGAUAAUACCCCGAAUGAUUUAGAUGAUGACAUGGAUGGUGAUGGUAUAUCCAAUGCCCAUGACAUGGAUGUGGAUGGUGAUGGGGUACACAAUAAACAGGAUGAUGAUCAUCAUGAUAUGGACGGUGAUGGCAUCCCAGAUCAUAGGGAUGAUGAUCGCGACGGUGACGGUGUGCCAAAUCAUCAGGAUGAUGAUGUCGAUGGGGAUGGCAUACCAAAUAGAUUGGAUAGUGAUAUUGAUGGUGAUGGUAUACCAAAUGAUCGAGAUGCCGAUCGUGAUGGUGAUGGUUUGCCAAAUGAACGCGAUGAUAAUGAUGGUGAACAUGACGACAAGAAAUGGAUUUCCAGAGGACAUGGCAGCGAUAUUGAUGGUGACGGGAUACCCAAUGCCCAUGACACCGAUAUGGAUGGAGAUGGUAUACUGAAUCACGAGGAUAUCGAUAUGGAUGGUGAUGGUUUGCUAAGCCAUGUUGAUCCGGAUAUCGAUGGUGAUGGUACACUGAAUCAUGAGGAUGAGGAUAUCGAUGGUGAUGGCAUAUUAAAUGAAAAGGAUCAUGAUGCAGAUGGUGAUGGUUUGUCGAAUGAACAUGAACCGACAAGUUUAGAUAUUGAUGGCGAUGGCAUACCCAAUGAUGAUGAUGAGGAUAUUGAUGGUGAUGUGAUACCCAAUGAAUUGGAUCCAGAUAUGGAUGGUGAUGGUAUACCAAAUUUGCAUGAUAAAGACAUUGAUGGCGAUGGUGUGCCGAAUGCCCACGAUGAUGAUCAUCCUGAUAUGGAUGGUGAUGGUAUACCCGAUUGUCUGGAUGAUGAUCGGGAUGGUGAUGGUAUACCCAAUCAUAAAGAUGAUGAUAUCGAUGGUGAUGGUAUACCCAAUCAUAAGGAUGAUGACAUAGAUGGUGAUGGUAUACCCAAUCACAAGGAUGUGGAUCGUGAUGGUGAUGGCAUUGCCAAUGAGCACGACGAUCACGAGGGUGGUUAUGUGCAUGACAAGAAGGCGGAAAAAAAGACGACAAGGAUUUCCAGAGAUCAUGACAUCGAUGGUGAUGGCAUACCCAAUGUCCAUGACACCGAUAUGGAUGGUGAUGGUAUACUGAAUCAUGAGGACACUGAUAUGGAUGGUGAUGGUCUGCCAAGUCAUGCCGAUCCUGAUAUUGAUGGUGAUGGUACCUUGAAUCAUGAGGAUGAGGAUAUCGAUGGUGAUGGUACCUUGAACCAUGAAGAUGAGGAUGUUGAUGGUGACGGUUUGGCAAAUGAACAUGAACCCAAGAGUCUGGACAUUGAUGGUGAUGGCAUACCCAAUGAUGAUGAUGAAGAUAUCGAUGGUGAUGUCAUACCCAAUGAUUUGGAUGAGGAUAUGGAUGGUGAUGGGGUGCCUAAUGUCCAUGACAAGGAUAUCGAUGGUGAUGGUGUGCCAAAUGCCCAUGAUGAUGAUCAUCGUGAUUUGGAUGGUGAUGGUAUACCCGAUCAUCGGGAUGAUGACAGCGAUGGGGAUGGUGUACCCAAUCAUGAGGAUGAUGAUAUCGAUGGUGAUGGCAUACCAAAUCAUUUGGACGUGGACAUUGAUGGGGAUGGGGUGCCAAAUCAUCUUGAUACUGAUCGGGAUGGUGAUGGGGUGCCCAAUGACCGUGAUGAUCAUGAUGGUGAGGCAGAUGAUAAGAAGCCUGGUGGUAAAGUUAAGAGGGUGGCCGGUGAACCCGACAUAGAUGGUGAUGGCAUACCAAAUGCCCAAGAUCCUGAUAUGGAUGGUGAUGGUAUACCCAAUCACAAAGACUAUGAUGUCGACGGUGAUGGCAUACCGGCCCAUGAGGAUAGCGACAUCGAUGGUGAUGGCAAACCCAAUACCAUUGAUGAAGACAUUGAUGGUGAUGGUAUUAACAAUGAAAAAGAUCACGACAUUGAUGGUGAUGGCUUGCCAAAUGAUGAAGAACCUACCAGCCUCGAUAUCGAUGGUGAUGGUAUACUCAAUGAUGAUGAUUCAGAUAUUGAUGGUGAUAUUCUACUCAAUGAAAUGGAUGCCGAUAUGGAUGGUGAUGGUAUACCGAAUACUGUGGACAAGGAUAUCGAUGGUGAUGGUAUACCCAAUGCUCAUGAUGAAGAUGAUCAUGAACCCUCAGCUAUGCAGGCAAAAGCCAUUAAACGUGCCAAACGUGAUUUGACUGAGGCAAUCAAACAAUCUGAUAUGGAUGGUGAUGGUAUACCCGAUGAUUUGGAUGAGGAUAAAGAUGGUGAUGGAGUGCCUAACCAUCAAGAUGAUGACAUCGAUGGUGAUGGUAUACCCAAUUAUCAGGAUGAUGAUAUCGAUGGUGAUGGUGUCCUCAAUGAACAUGAUGUUGAUCGUGAUGGAGAUGGUUUGCUUAACGAGGAAGAUGAUAGUGAUGGUGAGCUUGAUGAUAUUGAAACAAGGCCAGAAGAUGAAUUGCUAUGGGAAGGUGAAAUUCCUGCUCAACGUCGUAGCCGUGAUCAUAUCAAUGAACUCCUGCAACUCGAUGAACAAUCGAAUGCCCGUGAAAAGGCUUUGGAUAAUGUGGCUGAAGUCAUCUUGCGUGACAUUAAGCGUACCUAUGAGAAUGCCAUUAAACCAUUGGAAGUUAUGUACAAAUAUCGUGACUUGAGUAAUCGUCACUUUGGUGAUCCGGAAAUUUUCUCCAAACCAUUGGUAUUGUUUAUGGGUCCAUGGUCUGGUGGUAAAUCAUCGAUUAUUAACUAUUUGACUGAUAAUGAAUAUACCCCGCAUUCUCUGAGAUCUGGUGCCGAACCCUCUCCUGCCUAUUUCAAUAUUUUGAUGUGGGGCAAUGAGACUGAAGUUUUGGAUGGUACACAAUUGGCUGCCGAUUAUACAUUCUCGGGAUUGCAGAAAUUCGGUCAGGGUUUGGAGGAUCGUUUGCGUGGCCUGAAAAUGCCAAUUAAAUUGUUGGAAAAGGUUAACAUUGUUGAAAUUCCCGGUAUCUUGGAAGUACGCAAACAAGUUUCCCGCCUCUUCCCCUUCAAUGAUGCCUGCCAAUGGUUUAUCGAUCGUGCUGAUAUUAUUUUCUUAGUCUAUGACCCAGCCAAAUUGGAUGUUGGCCCCGAAACUGAGGCUAUUUUGGAUCAAUUGAAGGGUCGUGAAUAUCAAACCCGUAUUAUUUUGAAUAAGGCCGAUACUGUGAAACCUGAGGAAUUGUUGCGUGUUCAAAGUGCUUUGAUUUGGAAUAUUUCACCAUUGAUGUCAUCGGCUCAACCACCAUUGGUGUACACUACCUCCUUGUGGGGUCGUCCCUACCAAGAGGGUGCUCCAGCUCGUUUGCUGUUGGCCCAAGAAAGAGCCUUUUUGCGUGAUCUCCGUACUGCUGUCGAUAAGAGAAUUGAAAACAAAAUUGCCAGUGCGCGUCGUUUUGCUGUCCGCGUCCGUAAUCACGCCAAAAUGGUUGACUGCUAUUUGAAUACCUACUACAAUCACAAGUCCUUGUUUGGAAACAAGAAACGUAUUGCCGAUACGAUUAUUGAAAAUCCUCAAAACUAUCACAUCUAUGAGGGUCUCUCCACAUUGACAAAUAUCUCACGUUACGAUUUACCCGAUCCUGAGGUGUAUCGCGAUUUCUUCCGUUUGAAUCCAUUGUAUGAAUUCAAGAAGUUAUCGGAGACUUGUUCAUACUUCCGUGGUUGCCCUAUUACCAAAUUGGAUGUGGCUAUUGCCUACGAUUUGCCCGAUUUGGUUGGUAAAUAUAAACGUAUGGCUGAGGCUGCCUUGGCAACGGUUGAACAAAAGGAAGCCGCCACAGCUGCAGGUGCUGCCAUAGCGGAUAAAUCAGAGGCUGAUAAGAAUAAAAAGACUAAAAGUUGA